AUGGGAAAAACAAAGAAAAAUACUCAAAGAUCUGAAAGAUCUCCUGAGGCACCCAGCAGAACAAACUCUGUAGUUGCCAAUGACAAGAAGAAAGUACAACCACGAGAGAAUGCUGAAAAGGAACCAGUUCUUUUGGCAGCCGAGAAAUCUUCCACCAAAUGGCGCAACAUGGCCAUCAGAACCUCAACAACCCUCUUGAUGAUCAGUGCCUUUUUCUUUACUCUGGCAUCUGGUUACAUUUGGUCAAUUGCGGCAGUUAUGAUCAUCACUGUUCUUGUCUACCGUGAAGUCAUUCAGCUUGCAUAUGUACCAGCCAAGAGCAAAAACCUGAGAUGGUUCAAGACGAUGAGCUGGUACUUUUUAAUUACAACCGAGUAUUUCCUUUAUGGCGAAUCUAUCAUCUAUUACUUCAAGGAAAUCGUCAUGGUUGACGCGUUCUUGUUACCAUUUGCUACUCACCAUCGAUUCAUCAGUUUUAUGCUCUAUGUUCUUGGUUUCGUUUUUUUUGUCACCAACUUGAAGAAGGGAGAAUACAAGGCACAGAUGGCACAAUUUGGAUGGACUCAUAUGUCUCUGUUCUUGAUUGUCGUCCAGAGUCAUUUUAUUGUGGAUAACAUCUUGGAAGGGUUGAUUUGGUUUGUCAUGCCUGCGUCUCUAGUGGUUAUCAAUGAUAUCUUUGCCUAUGUGUGUGGAUUCUUCUGGGGAAAGACUCCUCUUAUCCAAAUCAGUCCCAAAAAAACAGUCGAAGGCUUUGUGGGUGCUCUCUUGUGUACUCUUGUGCUUGGAUUCUUUGUGACUACCCUCUUGAUGAGAUUUGACUACCUCACAUGUCCAGUUCAGGAUCUUGCUGCUUCUGCAUGGUCCAACGUUUCUUGUGAGCCAAAGAACCCAGUAUUUACUGCUGCUCCUUGGCAUCUUCCAUCGAUAGUUCGCUACUUGAUCAAGAUCACGGUAUGGAUUGCUCCGGUUCAGCUGCACACAAUUAUGAUGGCCUGCUUUGCUUCUUUGAUUGCUCCUGUUGGUGGAUUCUUUGCCAGUGCUGUCAAACGUGCUUUCAAGAUCAAGGAUUUCGGAGACACUAUUCCUGGCCAUGGUGGUUUGACUGAUCGUAUGGACUGCCAGUUCUUGAUGGGAUUCUUUGCACACAUGUAUUAUCACAGCUUUAUCAAGAUGUACAAUGUAUCGGUCGGAACCAUCUUGGCACUGGUGAUCAAUAACUUGUCUCAAAGAGAGCAAGUUGAACUCUUGGCUAGACUGAAUAUGUACCUUGAAAAUCAAGACAUCAUGACACACAACAUUGAUGCAUUCUUUCAAAAGGCUCAAAGUCUUUUGCAAGGAUAA